AGUCGCUUUCGUUUUCCACUCACUAAAUAAAUAGUCCUAUGAAAAACUCCAAAACUGAAUAAGAAAAACCUGGAAUACCAUAUCAAUCCAUCCAUCAAAUCUUUGCCUCACCAACACGUAUCUGUCUCGAACUCUUCAAAAUAAAGCAAAGACCUAUUCUCCCCCAACUCACCUUCUUUGCCACCCAAUUUUUGGAUUUUGCUUAACAAGGUGACAUGGCUGGGUACAAAGCUGAUGAUGAGUACGAUUACCUGUUUAAGCUUGUUUUGAUUGGUGAUUCUGGUGUGGGUAAAUCCAAUUUACUUUCGAGGUUCACGAAGAACGAGUUUAAUCUUGAGUCCAAGUCUACUAUUGGGGUUGAGUUUGCGACCAAGAGUUUGAAUAUCGAUGGGAAGGUUAUCAAGGCCCAGAUUUGGGAUACUGCUGGCCAAGAGAGGUACCGUGCGAUUACCAGUGCUUACUACCGAGGAGCUGUCGGUGCUUUGCUCGUGUAUGAUGUCACUCGAUUUGCUACAUUUGAAAAUGUUGAGAGGUGGUUGAGAGAGUUGAGGGAGCAUACUGAUCCCAACAUUGUAGUUAUGCUCAUUGGCAACAAGUCAGAUCUCCGACACCUUAGGGCCGUCUCCGUAGAGGACGGGAAAGCUUUUGCUGAGAAAGAAUCCCUCUAUUUCAUGGAGACUUCUGCACUGGAUGCAACUAAUGUUGAAAAUGCAUUCACUGAAGUCCUCACUCAGAUAUAUCGGAUUGUGAGCAAGAGGGCAGUUGAAGGUGGCAACGUAUCUGGCACUUCUCUUCCAUCCAAAGGAGAGACGAUAAACCUCAAAGAGGAAGGAUCCUUCUUGAAGCGAAUUGGUUGCUGCUCUAACUAGGGUUCUUGUCAAUUGGCUGUCAGAUUUUUACCGCAUCCAGGUUUUCUUUAUACAUGCGUAAGCACUCUGUAGCUCUAUUUGAUAGAGCUGAUUUUAUAAACGCUAGCUUGUAAGCUCACUUAUAAGUUGUAAAAUAAAUUAUCCGUGUUUGGUUAAGAUUUUAAGGGCAGUGUUGGUUUAUA